UAGGCAGAGCACUUCUGCUUUCGGGUGAAAUGCAGUCUUGUGGCUAGCUCUUUAGCAGCGAGGAUGAUAGAGACGUGGACUUGGGAGAUACUCACUUCUAACAGUGAAGAACUGCUCAUUUAAUAAAGGUUUCACCAUGGGAGGUCAAAAUUCUAAACCUUUGCAUAAAAAGCAAGCUCGGGUUGUGAUGAUGGGACUGGACUUUUCUGGAAAAUCAACAAUUCUAUAUAAACUUAAAAUGAAUCAAACUAUGGAGACCUUUCCGACUGUUGGAUUCAAUGUGGAGUCCCUAGAAAUGGCUAAAAAUGUUUCUGUAACUAUUUGGGAUGUUGGUGGUCAAGAUAAACUCAGGUCGAAUUGGAAGGAGUAUCUAGAAGACACGGAUGCCUUGAUAUUUGUGGUUGACAGCACUGAUGUACCCAGACUACCAGAUGCUGCAGCGGAACUUGUGACUGUUUUAAACAAUGAGAACAUGUUAGGGGUUCCGUUCUUAAUUUUGGCCAACAAGCAUGACCUACCUGGAGCUUUGUCUGCGAAUGAACUGACACAAUUUUUAAAGCUGGAAAACUAUGAUGACAGAGCAUUUGAGAUUCUCCAUUGCAGUGCAUACACUGGAGAAGGAUUGUCUGAAGCCAUGAACGCGGUGGCUCGGCUACUGAAAAGGCCUUGAAACUCUAAACGGCUAUUUAUUUUACAAUACUUGACAGUAAACUGAAUGUAGAACAACUGACAAGAAGUUUAUUUUCUGAGCAGUUUAUAUAUUCCGAGCAUUCUGUGGAUAUUUUUGGCAUUUCAUUUUUAUAAUUUUAAUUGAAUUAUUAGACUGAUAUGACUUGAAAAGAUAGAGGUCACAAAAUGCAGAAACAAGCUGAUUAGCCAAGGCUGCCAAACCGUACCUCACCACCUCCUCCAAAAUGGUCUAAGACUGCCACUACCUGAAUUCUUUACCAGUCAUAGGCUUGCAAUGCAUUUUGGAAGUUGUAGUUUUUCAGCAAUAUAAGGAGAUUACUGUUUGAUAAACUUGCUUUAAGACCAACAACUCUCUGUACCUCUCGAGCUGGUUAUAAUGAUGUACAAUUUGUGUUUUAAUUCCUUAACACACCUGCAUUGCAUAUAUAUUGAUACGUUAUUAAAACUGAAUGUAAUUAUG